AUCAAAAGAUGCACAAAUUUACGUGUCUGUGAGCACAUACGUAUAUUAUAUACAUAAUACAACAACAGUUAAGUUAGUAUAGGUUGUCGAUAUACUAUACUCGAUACUCAGAUGUAUAGAUAUAUAGAAGGGAUACACCGUAUCUUUAGUUUGCUACACAACCAAUCAUCGUGCUUCCCGCUCUUUAGUUCAGUCGUGAUCUCGAGUUGCCAAUACAAAUACCAAGCAGCCCUCAUUCCUCAAGAGUGUUCUUCGUGAUACGCGUCGUGAAACUUUUGUGCGAGUUAUUAUUUAACAUAUUAUCAAUCGGAUUAAUUAUUAUAUUUAAUUAUAAUAAAUAAAAAUUUCGUGACUUGGUGAAUUACUUUUUUUUUUCUUUGAUGUACGCGUACGUUAAAUUAAUCAGUAGUGACAAAUUUACAACCGUUGAUAUUAAUCAAAUUAAAUAUUAUAAAGAAAAUCGUCCAAAUAAGAUCUUCAGAGUCAAAAUCAAGGGAGAAUAUCACAAUUGCUUAGUAAUUGCAACGCAUGAAUCAAUCGACGAGCUUCACAAUAUUAUUAAUAGUGGUCGAAGAGUUAAAGUACCGUCAAGAAUAUUGCUAUCUGAACCAUCAGAGGACGAAAAAACGAGUUAUAAAAAAGAAUUGACGGCUCCAGACAAUACACUCGAUAUUUUGAAUAAAAGAUUAUCAGCAGUAAAUAAGGGCCGUUUUACUGCAGAAAAAGACAGUAUGGCAUCUAAUGCAAGAUCUGUAGAAGAGAUAGGAAACAAUGAUUCUAAAAAGCCUACUCCUCUGAAGCGCAAAAAGAGUAAUGAAACUCAUUCACCUGUUGGACUCAAAACUAAUGAAAACCCGAUCGUGAACCCAAAAAAAAUCAAAAAAGAACCGAAACUACCCAAGGAUAAAAAAAUUUCUGUAGUAACAGACACUUCACAUGGAAAAAAAAUUACACUUGUACAAAAUGAAGUUCAAUGCGCUGAAAGGCUAAAAAUUCUGCAGGAACAAACAAAUAAAGUUAUCAAUGUUCAGUCUCCUUCAGUAAUACCUUCACUUAAUGAAAGUCCACCACCAUCUUGCAGUUAUUCUUUGGAAACAUAUGAUGAAAGCGAAACAUUUCCUAUCAGUCCUGUAAAAACCUACAGCGGAAAAGUAGAUGAUUCCCAUAGUUGUUUAAAUGAAAAAUUUUUAGAAAAACCGGAAGCAAAAAGUAUCAAAUCAAUGACUCAAAAAGUGAAAAAAAAGCAUCAUAAACCUAGCAAGGUUGAAGAGGAAAUAUCUGCAAAGUUGAAGGAAAUGACAGGUCUAUUAAAAGAUUUGAAACAAGAGUCAGAUAAUCAGAAAAAAAUGUUGCAACAAUUAUUAGAUUAUUGGAAUGAGCACCGAGAUACUCCUUCCAAUCUGGAAUCAAUACAACUUGAAAAAAAAACAGGGUUUCCUCAACCUGGAUUUUACCGUAAAUCUGAUGACACGGGUGAAGACGAGUUAAUGAGUAGUAGUUUGUAUGGUGAAAAAUCCAAUAAAAUUAAACAGGCUGAGCAAAAACCACCAUUGUGUCCUAAAAGAUUACAUGCCAUAAGAGAUAUUCUACGAUUUCAUCUGGAACAACAAAAAGUUGAAGAGCCCGAUAUUGAGAAAGAAUUAAAAAAAGUAGAUUUGUACAUCAGAAGCAAAAUAACAGAUCUGCGAAGCUCAAAGAGAGCUCCUAAAAAGAAAACAAAAGAGACAGCUAAGAAAAAAAACGAAGAACCUGAUGGGGAAGGUAGUGAUAUAGUUGACGGUAAUUCAGACGAAGAAAGCGGUAGUGAAAUGGAUGACAAGGCUGAAGGAGAAGGUACUGAGGAGAACAUUGAAGAAUCUGGCGAAGAGAGUUCUGACGAAGAAGGGAAAGACGACAAUUUCGACGAAAAAAAUAAUCAAGAAAAUGAUGAAGAUAAAGAAAACAAGAACGAUGAUGAAAGUAGAGAAAAAGAGCUUCUAGGAAAAUAAGACUAUAUUUAUGUUCAGAAGCAUAUAUAUUUUACAUCAUUAUGCUUAGAAGUCAACUGUACUGUCGUUGUACCAAAAUAAAAAAGUAACACCAAGA